AUGGCGCCGUCGUGGUGUCGGAUUUUCCUCGUUCAAGUCGGUUUUACCGUCCUCGUCUUCGGCUCGAUUGUUGGCUUGUACGCUGCGCAGUUUACGCCCGACACGAUCGUGCUCGAGUCAUCCCCCGCGUCGUCCUGCUAUGCGCUCAGCAUGACCCACGCCGACGCCUCCCGCGACGCCUACGACCUUUGCGACGCGAGCCUGCUCUUGCAGCAGCAGCACGUCCGCCUCCGCGAGCGCGACACCAUUCGCUCGAUGGCGCUGCGCAUCCCCAAGCAGCGCUGCUUUGUGCUGCUGUACGUCCAGGCGCGGCCCCUGUUUCGCAAUCCAACCGCGUACAUCUACCUCAAUGCGUCGACGAUGGGCGCAGCGAUGGCGCGCAAGCACGGCGACUUGAUGCCGUAUGAGAAUUGCACGCUCGCCAACAGCUUGGACAAGCGCUUUGGCAUUCGGUCGACCGCGCACGACCUUGUCGUGACGAUCGACGCCAGCUUUUGGACGUCGAAUGGCACGCGCGUCGACGCCUUGUCGUUUGAUACUAGUACCUCGUCCGAGUAGUCAGUCGUCUCGAGUCCAUUUUUAUUCGCUAAGUUAUUCCAGUCCUAGUGUUGUUGUGGUGCGUUCCGUCCACGGCUCGCAUGAACGAAUAGCAAUGGUGCUUCCCG